UUGUAAUUUUAGUUUUAUUAAUUACAUUAUUACAAUAUAAUUGACAUGGAGCAAUCAGAGACUUUAGAUCAUGAAAAGUUUGGUUCUUAUCAUGCUUUAUUAGUUGCAUUUAAAACUAUGAAUGAACGUUGUCAACAAUUAGAAAUAAGAUUAGCUACCGUUGAAGAAGAAAAUAUGUGUUUGAGACUCGAAUGUGGAAAGGAUGAAUCUGCAGCCAUUACAAAAGUUAAUGAUAAUAGCGAGAAAAGUAUUGUACAAACUUUAAAGGAAAAAAUAGAAGAGCUUAAAAAACAGAAGUCUCAGCUUACUCAUCAGGUUUAUAUGGUGGCAGCAGAAAAUCGACAAUUAUGGAAAAGAUUAAAUAAAUUGACAAGAGCUAAUAAAACUUUAGGAAGUCAAUUAACAAAAAUCUCUGAUACGCUUAAGCAACAUUCUCCGGCACAACCAUCAGAUAUUGUGUCUUAUAAUUUUUGGGAUAUUUAUAAUUCUACUAGGGAUGAUAAUAAUCAGCAACAUACAUUAACUACAAGCAAUGGUGAGAAAGAACAAAGUUUAGAAGAAAUAUCACUUCGACUCAUAAAUAGUAUUAUGUUAGAAAAGUCAGAUCUUGAACAGCAGUAUGCAGAGAUGGUUGAAUUACAUAAUAGUACUGAAUUGGACUUACAAAAUAUGGGUUUUACUUAUCCAGAAGAUUCGGAUACAGACUUAGAAUUAUUGAAACAACAUGAUAUUGAAUUGUCACAGAUGGAAAAUACAUUAUUAGUACAAAAAAUUAAACUCGAAAGUACACUAAAAAAUUUUAAGAAAAAGAAAGAAGGAUUAAUGUGUAAUAACUGCCGUAUAAAUGCAAAUAAAAAAAUGUGUCAAGCAGGUACUCAAUUUAAUUUCAAUGAGUGUAUUAAAGAACAUGGCGCAACUCAAACCAGUCUUCAAACAUCAAGCCUACCUAUGGAAAAGUGUUCCAAUUUAGUAGAUAAUGCAGAUCAAGAUAAUCAGAUUUGUCCACUAUGUGGCUCGUUUUAUGGGAAAGCUACUUCAUUUAUAGAAUUUCAUGAACAUGUUUUAAGUCAUUUUAACAAAUAAGUACUGACUGAUAGUUUUGAUCAAGGUGGAGUGUGUGGUAAAGAAUAAUGCCUUUCAAACAAUAAAUGUAAA